AUGGCUUCAAUGGAGAGGUACCAGAGGGAGUAUAAUCACCGCGAGGCAGAGCGGUAUGAGCGCGAGCGUGAGGCGCGGCGGUUGCGGUUCGCGAAGCCGUUGUUCGACUUUGCACCCGCGGCGGUGAAGCAAGAAAUUGCGGCAGAGAAGCUAGCUCGGGAGCGUAAGUCGCAACAGCGCGCCAAUCGCGUGCGAGAAUUUCUUGAGAACAGCGAAGUCGUGGUCGUCCCAGGCCCUGGCCAGACAGAGGAGGAAGAGGGUAUCUUAGCCGAUCGAGGGACCGACCCGCCGCGAGUAGCACUUCCCCCUGUCGCACCCGAUGGCUCCCUAGACCUCUACGAAGCCAUGUACGUCACCAAGGGCGCACGCCUCACGCCCGAAGACUACGCCCCCUCUACGCCAGUCAAUGAGUCAGGCCGACAGGCCCUCAACGCCAUCUCC